AUGGGAACCUACUCAUAUGCACCUCCUUUACAAUUCCCAUUUCCAUUAACCCUAAUCAAACACAGAAGAAUCCAAUUCCCAAUCCUCACCCCAAACCCAUCAAAAACCCACCUCAAAUUCAAUCCAGUCUCAGCCACACUAAAUUCUCCAAAAGGAUUCGGACCCACCUCAAAAAAAUUCAAAAAAUCCAAAAAACCAAAGAAAAAUUACGACACCAACGAAGAAGAAGAUGAAGAUGAAGAGGACGAGGACGAGAAAGAAGAAGGCGUUAUCCCAGAAAUAGUUACCAACAGAAUGAUGAGUAGAAUGGGAUUUUCUGUUGGAAUUCCUCUGUUUAUUGGGCUUUUGUUUUUCCCAUUCUUUUACUAUCUCAAAGUUGGAUUGAAAAUUGAUGUGCCCACUUGGAUUCCGUUCAUCGUCUCAUUUAUCUUCUUUGGGACUGCACUGUUAGGAGUGAGUUAUGGGAUUGUGUCAUCCAGUUGGGAUCCGAUAAGGGAAGGCUCAUUGUUGGGUUGGAAUGAAGCCAAGAAGAAUUGGCCUGUUUUCUGGCAAUCAAUAUGGGGUGGAGGAUCAAAGAAGAAGUAG